UUAAAGUCUCGUCUUUGCUGUCACAACUACCUCCUUCACUAUAGCUGCAGAGGGUUAUGGCAGAGUUCAAAACUGUAGCAGAGGAUUCCCAACAAGCUGGAAGAACAAAGGCGAGGAGAGACUCAGGGUGGAGUUUAACUGAUCAGAUUUACGCUCCAGGAUCCAACAGUUCAAUUCACCGAUGAGGUUUAAAGCAAGCAUCAGAGAGGAGUGAGCCACCCUCACAGUCUGCCAGAGACAGACCCGGUGUCCUCCCUACAGGCUCAAGUCCUGCUGUCCACAUUUUCUCCUUGAGAUUGUCUACUGGAGCAUUCAAAACUGUUUCUCCAACGCUUCUACCAAAAACUUAGACUGUUUUCCAAACCAGAAGCGGCCCAGCCCCCUCAGGUGGAAGUGAUGGGGAGCCUGCGAAGCCACCGUUACAGCAUUGUGUCCUCGGAGGAGGAUGGCAUGAAGCUGGCAACCGUCGCUGUCCCAAACGGCUAYGGGAAUGGCAACGUCAACAAGGGGCAUACAGAGCCCCAACGCCAGAGCCGCUUCGUCAGCAAGGAUGGCCACUGCAAUGUGCAGUUUAUCAACAUGAGUGAAAAAGGCCAGCGGUACUUGGCAGAUAUCUUUACCACCUGUGUGGACAUUCGYUGGCGCUGGAUGCUGGUCGUCUUCUGCCUCUCCUUUCUUUUGUCCUGGUUGCUUUUUGGCUUCGUCUUCUGGGUCGUGGCCCUUUGUUAUGGGGACUUAGAGAAUGAGACUCAAAUAUGUGUCUCCAAUGUGGACAGCUUCACGGCUGCCUUUUUGUUUUCAGUCGAGACCCAAACCACAAUUGGCUACGGUUAUCGCUAYGUGACAGAGGAAUGCCCCAUCGCAGUUUUCAUGGUGGUGUUUCAAAGCAUCGUGGGAUGCAUCAUUGAUGCUUUUAUCAUUGGUGCUGUCAUGGCCAAGAUGGCAAAGCCCAAGAAAAGGAACGAGACCCUGGUGUUCAGCCAUUAUGCUACCGUCGCCAUGAGGGACGGUAAACUUUGCCUGAUGUGGCGGGUGGGGAACCUGAGGAAGAGUCACCUGGUCGAGGCCCACGUUAGGGCCCAGCUCCUCAAAUCCCGCACCACAGCAGAGGGAGAGUUCAUCCCUCUGGAUCAAGUCGACAUCGACGUGGGCUUCGAUAGCGGCAUAGACAGAAUCUUUCUGGUGUCUCCCAUCACCAUUGUGCACGAGAUCGACGAGGACAGUCCUUUCUACGAGAUGAGCAAACAGGAGCUGGAAUCGUCAGAGUUUGAGAUCGUGGUGAUCCUCGAGGGCAUGGUCGAGGCCACGGCCAUGACUACUCAGUGUCGGAGCUCCUACGUGGCUAGCGAGAUCCUCUGGGGUCACCGCUUCGAGCCAGUGCUCUUCGAAGAAAAGAACUAUUACAAAGUGGACUACUCGCGCUUCGACAACACCUACGAAGUGCCCAGCACACCUUGCUGCAGUGCCAGAGACCUGGCCGACAGGAAGUCAGAGGCUUCCAGCGUGAGGAACUCCUUUUGUUACGAGAACGAGGUGGCGCUCGAAAAAGCUGAACUGGAGGAAGAGUUUGAGGAGGUGGAAAGCCGGUUGAUGAGGGACGUUGAGGUCGAUCCACUUGAGGACACAAGCACAGAUCUGGUUUCAAACGCUGAAUGCAACCUAGAUCCUUUGCCUUUAGAAUCAAGGCACUUGACGGCAGAAUCAGAAAUAUGACCGUAGGUGUAAUUUACUUUAAGCUUAGUCCAAAUAUUACUUUUAAUAUUGCAGGGCAGGCUGUAAAAGAACAGUCUUCAUGCAGCAGCCUGUACACUGAACACCAAUUAAACACAGGUUAUGUUGAGUUUGGUGAUAAAUGAACUGCUUGCUUGGAGCCACAGGGAUGCAAACAGUUGCACACCAUCACACACGGUCCAUGUACUAUUUGGUAAUUUGUUUUUCAUUUUAAAAAUAGAUGCUGAAAAUGGUUGGUUAUUCUAUUUUUUAUUUUAUACUCCAAAAACAUAAGCAAUUUUUUUCUUUUUAUUUUUUAUCAAACCGAAAUUUUAGUACUAUUUUUAAGCACAAAUCAAUGCUGUGCUGCGGAACCUGCUGCGGCGCUUCAUGUGCUAAAAGCACCAGAAGCUCCAAGAAAAAAAAAAUUAACCAUCAGUGUUACACAAACUAUCAGCUAACACCUGGUAAAGAAAUGUAAAACUGGUUAGCUAGCAUCUAUUUAUUGCGGCUGCCAAAGUAAAACAUGUUUAUUCAUCCCAGUAUCCGACCAAUAAAGUUGUGUUAGAUGAGACUAAAUUUAUAAAAAAAAUACAAUCUAAAGUUAGUUGGAUAAAGAAAUUMAAAUGUAAUUAGCUAGCAUUUGCUUGUUUAUUUACAGGGAGCCACCUGUUAUUUAAAAGUUAUUUAGCUAGCGCCACCUUAAAUGGUCUGCUAACACAGUGUUGAACAGCCGCUGUGAGAAAAAUGAAAAUGACGGACAGUUUUCCCGUUUUUGGAGUAUAAAAUAAAAAUAGAAUAAUCAUCCGUUUCUUUUUCAACAUAAGUUUUUGAAACAAAAAGCAAACGACCAAAAAGUACACAGACCACAUACAUACAGUGCAUUCAGUUUCUUUAAAUAUUUUCAGAUUGCGAAAGAAAAUGUUUUAGUGUGAUUGUAAGAAAGGCUCAGAAAAAGAAUUUUGUUUGCACUUUUGCAUUAAUUGUACUAAACUUACUGAAUGAAAAGGUCACAUGUUUGCAAAUAAUGACAAAAAGUAUUAAUUUGAGCUUGAAAUUGAAAAAAUAUAUAUAAAAAGAAAAUCUAAAUUAAAAUAUUUUUUAUUAUUUUAAUAUAAAUGAUCAUUAAAAAAAAGCUGUUAAUCUAAAUUACCAACCCAAAGCAAGUUUAGUUUUUUGUUAAUGAGCUGGUCUCUUAGCAAAAUCAAAGUCUUCUUAACUGUGUUGGCCUUGUGCUGUGGUUUUAUUUUAUUUUUUUAUUUUAUUUUUGCACAGAACAUGAGUAUGCUACUCUCCUCAAUCUAUCAUUUAUGUGCAGAAUCUUUUGCAACGUGUGCCUUAACAGAAGUUCCAGUCCCCGCGGAGGAACUCGGGUGGUUUGGGUUGGAUUGAGCACACACUGCAUUAGGUCUCACGGACAAUAGAAACAUUGAAAAUAAGAUUUUUGAUGCAGGUUGCUGCCACCACUUACAUGUUYUUGUGUUUUAACGUGCAAUAUACUGAUCCGUGGUCAGAAGCGAUAGGAAGCUCCAUCCCGAGCCGAGUCGAUGAAUGUUGACAAUAAGUGCUGCUAAGUUACAUAUUGUAUAAACAGAAAUCUCAGAGCCAAACUGUAUUAAUAUUUUUUUCAGUUUGCAAAUGCAUCAUUUAGUGUUAUUUCUAGCUGUAGAAAAGCAUGAUUAAGGUGUGUUUUUUAAAGCUUCAAUGCACUUUCUUCCUCACCAGAAUUUUCUGUCCCCAAGAUUAUUCUGUGUACUUUUGUGAAACCACACUGAUUCAUCUGUUAUUAUAUAAAACCUGAUUUCUUUUCCUCAUCUAACAGUGGUUGACUGAUUCAACACUGCUUUAUUUGAAGUCAUUUUAACAUAGUUUACUUAAACAUCAGUGUUCAUGGUAGAUGAAAUGGACUUGUUAAUUUGAGUGUUGUUGGUCCAGCACUCUGWUUCUGGUGUUAUUAAAGAUCAGGAGUGAAAGUUACUGCUGCAUCGCUCAUACAGGAAUGGACGACACUUUACUUUAGUCUUACAAAGGAUUUAGCUUAAGCUAGAAGCUCGAGUGAUGUCAGCGGACAUCAGAACACUGUCGGUUUUUAGAUUUUUAUUUUUCUACAUUUUUCCCCACCCUUCUGCCGAAACCAGAUUGUACAGCUGCUUUUUUUUAAUCUUUUGUAAAUUAUAUUCCAAAACACUCUCCAGUGAUAAUGCAGUCACUGAAAACUAUUUAUGUAUGUUUUUUUUCCAAUAAAACAAUGAAAAACAUCA